CCGAUCGGCACAGCGUUCGGCAAAAGGCGGCACAAGGCGGCACGGCCGUGCCACUGCUAUGCACCGCGGAAAAGCCAUUUCAGUACACAAAAAAUGUACAGUGACGACGAAAUAAUAACUGGUGCUGCUGCAGUUAUAGUAAUAGCAAAUGCAAAAAAAAUGCCUAAAAAACGAAGAUUUUGGAUGCGUCCGAGUUUACGUAGCAGAAGAAUAUAUAGUGCCAGUGAUAUGAUGAAAGAUUUAAUUUUGGACGACGUAAACGCAAUCAAUCUGGAAUACAGGUGUAACGGUGGCUUUAAAAAUUUUUUCCGCAUGUCCUCUACUGAAUUUGAACAAUUGCUAAAUUUAAUCGGGUCAAAAAUUGCUGCGAAGGACACAAAUUUUAGGGAAGCAAUCCCUGCAAAAGUGCGUCUUGGUGUGACAUUACGAUUUUUGGCAACAGGGGAUUCAUAUCACUCCCUUAUGUACUUAUUUAAAAUUUCAAAACAAACAAUUUCAAAAAUCAUUCCAAAAGUAUGUGAAGCUCUCAUUGAUGUACUUCAAGAUUAUAUAAAAAUGCCUCAGAAUGAGCAAGAGUGGAAUCUUGUAGCAAAAGAUUUCAACACCAAAUGGAAUUUCCCUAAUUGUGUAGGAGCAAUGGACGGAAAACAUAUAUCCAUACAGGCACCACUAAAUAGCGGCACAGAAUUUUUUAACUACAAAGGAUUCUUUAGUAUAGUGCUUUUCGCAGUGGUUGACGCCAAUUACAAUUUUAUUUAUUGUGAUGUGGGAUGUCAGGGACGAAUUUCUGACGGCGGAGUAUUAAAAAAUACAUCAUUUAAUUCAUUACUGACCGAUUUAAAAAUGAAACUGCCUGCCGACUGUGUUCUCCCAGGAAGAACACGAAAAACACCGUUUGUAUUCGUAGGAGAUGAUGCUUUUCCGCUGAACCAAAGUAUAAUGAAACCAUAUCCAGGAGUUCAAGCAAAAUAUUCAAAAACCCGGAUUUUUAAUUAUCGUUUGAGUAGGGCACGGAGAAUUUCGGAAAACGUUUUCGGCAUACUGUCAUCCGUAUUCAGAGUUUUUCGAAAGCCGAUGAUGUUGCAACCAAAUACAGCAACUAAAGUUACAUUAGCAUCAGUUUAUUUACAUAAUUUUCUUAGAAAAAGUGGAUCAAAAAAUAUUUAUAAUCCUCCAGGAACAUUUGACAGCGAAUGUUCCGAGACUGGAAAUGUCAUUGCCGCUGCUUGGAGGGCAGAAUUACAAGGAUCAACAUUGACAAAUUUCACACAAAUAGGACGCAAAAGUUCAGCGGAAGCGCAGGAAGUGAGAGAGGAGUUUAAAGAAUACUUCUCAUCGGCAGAAGGAGCUGUACCGUGGCAGUAUGAAAAGUCAUAAUUUCUCGAUAUUUGUGCCAUAACAAUAAAAUGAUAAUGGAAUGUCAAUAUAAAGAAUGUAUUUUUAUUACGUACCUUAUUCUCCGUAUCAACUGUCAUUCUUGCUUUAUUCUUGUCUUUUAAAAAUGACAAGCUUUUAUAGGCAUACCAUUUACUUUUAAAAAUGUCAUCUGCGCCAGUGCCUGACUUCAUGCUCUCUUUCUCUUUCUUCACUUCCCUCGCAAAAUGACUAAGUAAAUUUUUCAUUUUUUUUUCUAUUUUUUCUUUUGUCAUGCCAAAAGACACUGCAAUUUCUACUAUCGCAUCAUGCCGCUUGUUUCUAUCCUUGUAACUGUUGUUUUGACAGUCCCAUAAGUUAGGGCGUUCACGGUACAUUUCUAUCAGUUGCAGGACAUUUUCAUUUGUCCAGUCGUUUUCCAUUUUCAGAAAUGUACUAUACAAAUAUAAAAUUAAUACAAAUAUAAAUUUACUAUACAAUUCAAUAUACAAAUUUACUUACUGAAGCACGUUUAAAUAAUGCACAAUGAUUGAAGCACACUGUCACUUUUCUAAACGAUU